ACUAGGAAAAUGCGAUACUUUGUGGGUGAGAUGGAUGAUCAAACGAGUAAACCAUUCUUAAUUUUCACAUUUGAAUCAUAGGAUCAUUUAGAUUAGAAAUUAUAUUUUGAUUGAACAUAACAUCAAAUACUCUACUGCAGUAGCAGAUUAUUCGAGAGAACCGAGAGAACUAGUACAAUCUUCCUUGGCCUAUUCAUUCAUAUCAAACGGUGACAUGAUGAUUUCCAACUAAAGAACUGCCUUGGUAAAUGGAAUCCCCCAAACCAAACCCAAAUCACAUCCUUUAAAUUGCAGGUAGAAAAUCUCAAUCUGCUAUUCAUCUCAAAAUGUGGAAAUUCGUAGCCGACAAAGCCAAACAUCUCAUCGACAAAGCCUCUUCUCCUCUUCUCACUCUUCGUCUCUCUCCUCCUUCUUCUUCUCCAAAAUCUCAAUCUACUAUUCGUUUCUUGACCUCUCUACACUCUCCUUUUUCUGAUUCAAUGGCUUCUUCCGAUUCAUCUCUUCUUGUCACUCUUCAAUCCAUCAACCCCAAGGUUCUGAAAUGUGAGUAUGCUGUCCGUGGUGAAAUUGUUACCCUGGCCUAGGUAACAUUGAGAUUUCUGCUAUGCUCUUCGAUGAGAUACUUUACUGCAACAUUGGAAAUCCUCAAUCUCUUGGCCAGCAGCCAGUUACUUUUUUCCGGGAGGUUCAUGCACUGUGUGAACAUCUAACGAUUUUGGACAAAAGUGAAACACAGGGUUUAUUUAGAUGGUGCAAGUCCAGCGGUCCAUAUGAUGAUGCAGUUACUGAUAAAAUCGGAGGAGGAUGGGAUUCUAUGUCCUAUUCCUCAGUACCCUCUAUACUCUGCUUCAAUUGCCCUCCAUGGUGGCACUCUUGUAGGUUCAUGCAAUAUAAAACCAAAAUUUAGGUCAAAUAAGUCAUUGUCUUGUGGGUUUUCAUUGCCCACGAGAGUAUUUGACUUUGAUUUAUAAGCUGUUUUUUUGCGGGUUCCCUACUAUCUUGAUGAAGCAACUGGGUGGGGAUUGGAGAUUUAUGAGGUUAAGAAACAAUUGGAAGCUGCCAAGUCCAAGGGCAUCACUGUUAGGGCCCUGGUUGUAAUAAAUCCCGGCAAUCC